UUGAGACGCGUAAAGCAAAAGCAAUCUCAUGUCGAAGGCAGGCUCUGUUCGAAGCUUCCACUUCAACGAUUCAUUCCAGAUAUUCCAGGGAGGGAGAGAAGGUUACGCGUUUCUUCUGAAUUAGGGUUUAUCGUGGAUCCCUCUCCGCUUCUCUUAAAAGAUCGUGGAGGCUAAGGUUUCUUAGCAUGUCUCGAGAUCAUGCGAGAAAGUGUUUAAUUUGACGUGUAGCAACAGCAUAUUAGAGGAAGUCAUCAUAAUUGAAGCUGAGUCAUUCUUGUUUCUCUGAGCAAUUUGCUUUUCAAUUUUUUUUUCUCUCUACAUUGUUUGUAGUGGACAACUAGAAAUCCUGAUGAAUGAAUUGGAUUUUUUUUGUAAGGUUGUAGAUCAUAAGCACUUCUCUUCUUAUUUUUCUUUAGAGAAGCCACCAUGGUUGUACACAUCAAGUGUUUUAGGUUCUUGUUCCACUGUGUUAUGUUUGGUCUGUCUAAGAACUUCUCUUUUAACAGAGAUUCAAAACAGAAUUUCACAUGACAUGGCUGGCUCUGACGGGAAAAAUGAGUCAGAGUGGAUCAGAAGAGUGAAGUCAGGUGGAGCUGUUCCAUUUCUUGAACAAGACAGCUGCCAAAAUGGUUGGACAACGCCAUCGGCGGACAAGUUUUUGGUUAGAGGACCAAACUAUCUGUCUGACCGGGUUAAAACCCCGGCUGGUGAUUUCCUUCUGAUGCCUUUGGGGUUUGACUGGGUUAAGGGGCCAGCCAAGAUUUCUGAGAUCCUAAAUGAUCCAACCAGCCGAGUCAAGAAUGUUAUCGAAGAGGAGUUUCAUAACAGUGAAACUAAACCUUUCAUUUGGGCUUUCAAUCUUCAGCUUCCACACAGAGACAAUUACAGCGCUGUGGCAUACUUUGCAGCCACAGAGCCUAUUCCAGAAGGGUCAUUGAUGGAUCGGUUUCUGAAAGGAGAUGAAGUGUUUAAAAAGUCGAGGCUUAAAUUGAUAGCCAACAUUGUCAAAGGGCCUUGGAUCGUGAGAAAAGCUGUCGGGGAGCAAGCUAUUUGCAUAAUAGGACGUGCCCUCUCGUGCAAAUACAUUUCGGGAGAAAGCUUCGUGGAGAUUGAUGUGGAUAUCGGUUCUUCCAUGGUGGCUAGUGCCAUUGUUCAUCUUGCAUUUGGAUACAUCACUACACUUACAGUCGACAUAGCCUUCCUUAUCGAAGGCCAAACAGAAGCAGAGCUUCCUGAACAACUCUUAGGAGCCGUGAGGUUCUCUGAGCUACAGCCCGACUCAGCCAUGCCAAUGGAACAAUGCUCUGCCACUAUCUGCACGAAUUCUGAACGCUCGAGCUGGUGGAAGUCGAUCGGGCAUGGAUUUUCCAAUCUAAUUCAUCAGGACUCAGCCAAUAUGGACAGAAAAGAAGAUGGUAAAGAUGUACAGAAACAGUAAGUAUUCAAAGUUCUGAAUUUUCUUCAGAUGAAUAGCCACAAAAAAAAAAAUUCCAAAUCUUUCUUCAGCCCUUUCAUUUGUUUUUUGUUCUUGGAAGCUUAAAACUAUGAUUCAAAAGCUCUCAUUGAUUAUCUGUUUAUAUAA